GAGCCGCAGCUAUGGCCGCCACGAAACCGCCCGGGCCUGGUUCCGCUAGCGGCACCAACCUGCUCUUCUCCUCCUCGGCUACCGAGUUCAAUUUCACUGUGCCCUUCAUCCCGGUCAGCCAGGCCCCCGCUGCGCCCCCGGGGCCUGCUCUCCUCGGCGCAGAUGAUUCCACAGAUGUUGGAGAAGAAGACAGCUUCUUGGGUCAGACUUCUGCUACUCCUAAUCCACCACAGACUUUUAGCUAUUUUUCCCAGGUACCUAGUAGCAGUGAUCCAUUUGGAAGCAUAGGGCAGCCACCCUUAACAACAGUGACACCACCUGUUGGGCCAUCAGCCUUCUCCAAGGCUCUAACUUCUUUCCCACUCUUGCCUGGAUCACAAGAGGGGCAGAAUGCUUUUGUGGCAAGUGUUCCGAAGUCACAGUCAUCUUAUAGUGCACCACCUACUUCCCUGGUGGGAAUCAGUGCUUAUCAGACUCCUCCAGAGAGUUGUCCCCCACUUGCAAACUUUUCUACUCCUCCCCAUGGAACGUCGCAGCAAGGAUAUAACCCAUAUCGCCAUACCACCUUAAGCAGUAGAGCUAAUCCUUACAUAACUCCACCGCAGCUGCAGCAGAGUCAGACACCAAGCCAGCUUGUUCAGCCACCACCCUCUGUACCACCUAUCCACAUGUAUCAGACCCCUCCAGGAUCAUUGUCACCGUUUCCUCAUUCACAGCCGGCACUACCAUCACCAUCACAACCACUGCAAGCUUCCAGACCUGCAGGUCCACUGGUGCAGGCACCACCUGUUUUGCUACAGAACCAAUAUGAACCAGUUCAGCCUCAUUGGUUUUACUGCAAGGAGGUGGAAUACAAGCAAAUAUGGAUGCCAUUCAGCAUUCUAGAUUCUGUAACACUAGAAGAAGUUUAUAACUCUGUUCAACCUGAUCCUGAGAGCGUGGUUUUGAGCACUGAUGGGGGGCGCUAUGAUGUUUACCUGUAUGACAGACUAAGAAAAGCUGUAUAUUGGGAAGAAGAGCCAUCUGAAGUCAGACGAUGUACAUGGUUUUAUAAGGGAGACAAAGAUAGCAGGUUUAUUCCUUAUACUGAGGAUUUCAGUGAGAAGCUAGAGGCAGAAUAUAAAAAAGCUGUAACUACGAAUCAGUGGCACCGGCGACUUGAAUUUCCAAAUGGGGAAACAAUCGUUAUGCAUAAUCCUAAGGUUAUAGUUCAGUUCCAACCUUCUGCAGUACCAGAUGAAUGGGGGACCACACAAGAUGGUCAGACAAGGCCAAGGGUUGUAAAGCGUGGCAUUGACGAUGAUCAUGAUGAAAUUCCAGAUGGGGAGAUGUCUCAAAUAGACCAUUUAGUGUUCAUGGUUCAUGGCAUAGGUCCUGUGUGUGAUUUACGGUUUAGAAGCAUUGUUGAAUGUGUUGAUGAUUUUAGGACUGUGUCUCUGAAACUGUUGCAGACUCAUUUUAAGAAGUCUUUAGAGGAACUUAAAGUGAGCAGAGUUGAAUUCCUACCGGUUCACUGGCAUAGCUCUCUACAUGGGGAUGCGACAGGUGUAGACAGGAAUAUUAAAAAAAUCACUUUGCCAAGCAUUGGACGUCUGCGCCACUUCACCAAUGAGACCUUGCUUGAUAUACUGUUUUACAACAGCCCAACCUACUGUCAGACCAUUGUGGAUAAAGUAGGCCUGGAAAUGAACCGCCUACAUGCACUUUUCAUGAGUCGCAACCCAGACUUUAAAGGAGGAGUCUCUGUUGCUGGGCACAGUUUAGGUGCCUUAAUUUUAUUUGACAUAUUGUCCAACCAGAAAGACUUGACUUCAUCAGGAAACUCUGGACCUCCCACUGCUGCUAAUGGGCUUAUGAAUGAUGUGGUUGUUCGUGACAAGCAGGUGAUAGAGAAUACCAACUCCUUGGCGCCCAUGAUUACUCCUUCUGGUGAGGAGCUCUGUGAUCCUGAUGUAGAGGAUGAAGUGCCAACCUUACAGAAGGCUCUGGAAAUGCUCAGUGUCUCAGAAUAUAUCGACACAUUUGAAAAGGAGAGAAUUGAUAUGGAAUCUCUGCUGAUGUGUACAGUUGAUGACCUGAAGGAAAUGGGUAUACCUCUUGGACCAAGAAAGAAAAUUGCCAACUUUGUAAAAGACAGAGCAGCCAAACAGGAAAAGAAAAAAGCGUUAGCAGAAAAAAAAGCAGUGCAAACUCAGGAAGCUGCACAGAAAGCAAAAGAAGCAGUUACUUCUGUGGCCACUUCAGAAUCUGAUAGCCUGCAUGAGCGGUCGAAGAGAAAACUUCCUGUGGGUGCCUUCGUUUCUUCUGUGAACAUUGAUUAUGAGUAUUUUGAAGUUGGUACUGGCCAGGUUUCUGUGGCUUACAGCGUGCUAGACUUCGAACCAGAGAAUUUCUUUGCCCUGGGUUCUCCAAUUGGUGUGUUCCUUUCUGUACGAGGAGUGGAGAAGAUUGAUGAGAACUAUAGACUUCCUACCUGCAAAGGAUUCUUCAAUAUUUAUCAUCCACUUGACCCAGUGGCUUAUAGGGUAGAACCUAUGAUUAUUCGAGACUUGGACAUAAAACCAGUUCUCAUUCCACACCACAAAGGCAGAAAAAGACUUCAUCUCGAGUUGAAAGAUUCUCUCUCUCGUAUGGGAUCAGAUCUAAAACAGGGUUUUAUCAGCUCUUUGAAGAGCGCUUGGCAGACUCUUAAUGAAUUUGCACGUGCUCAUACCUCUUCAACUCAGCUGCAAGCAGAACUGGAGAAGGUAGCUAAUCAAAUUAAAGAGGAAGAAGAAAAACAAGUGGUAGAAGCUGAAAAGACUGCCGAAAGUCCAGAUCUUUCGAAGGAUGAGGAUUUCUUAGUAAAGGUCGGGAUGCUAAAUGGAGGACGUCGUAUUGACUAUGUUCUACAGGAAAAACCAAUAGAAAGUUUCAAUGAAUACCUUUUUGCUCUACAGAGUCACUUGUGUUAUUGGGAAUCUGAAGACACAGCUUUGCUACUUCUCAAAGAAAUAUAUAGGACUAUGAAUAUCAGUCCGGAACAGCCGCAACACUGAUGUGUAGAUACCUGAAUUUCAUAUCUAAUGUUCCAACAGGCUUGCUGACAACACAUUUUGAGGAACCUCCAGUAUUUCUUUAGUCACACAUGACAAGAAUCCGAAUUACAACAGCAUUUUUUUUCUUCAGUCCAGAACUCUUUGAUUUAGAUAAUGCCUUCUUGUUUCACUCAAGAGUGUUUCACAAUUUCAAAAUUAUCAGCACCACAGUUUUGGAAGCAUAAUUGGAAUGACACCAUUUAACCUUCUUACUGAAAUUUAGUUGUACUGUUGCCAAACUUUGACCAAUGAAGAAAUAUUCGUGGCAUGCAAAUUAUUAUUUUUCUUCUCGAGCUAUCUUGUCUGUUAGGUGUCAAACAUGUAUUUUCUAUGAAGGCAGUAUGUUCUUUAUUAAAGAAAGGACUUGUUGAGACACAGCAAUAAUCUGCUCUUUUUAAAAAAUGCGUUUCCACUUUUAAAAACAAAAUGUGAAUUUUAGUUAUAAGCUGCUUUACAUCAAGCCUUUUGUAUUUGCUAAAACCAGCAGCCAGAAUGACUUUCUUACUACUGUGAGUUCAGUGCUAAGAUUUUAUAAAAGCUUUUUAACCCUCUGACUUCUUUACAAUGGAGAUAAAAUAAUCUUUUGUUAUAGAAAACAUAGAGAUUUGUUACAGCUAGUUCAGCAUUCACAUCUCUUGGAAUGUAACUGAUGUAGAGAACAAAGAGGGAUGAGUCAAACAAUGUUUCAUUUUGGUAAUUAACUGUUCAUGCGGCCUGGUGGCUGCUCUACUUGAGAACUAAAAUCAUGACAUUGACCUCGGAAAAUUAAUUUCUCUCACCCAGGCAUGUGAAUGUAGAGCCUCUUUCAAGCUUAUUGGAGCUAAAUGUAACAGCCAAGGCCAAGAUCUGUGAUCCAUAUUCUAUUUUCAUCUAGUGAAAUCAGUGGAGUUGUAUGGGGUGAGGUCUUCUGGAUUAGUGUCUCUGAACGCUGGGCUUCUGUAGCUUUCUUCUGGCAGCAUCUUUAAUGCAAUUACCUAACCUAUAGUGCUGACAAUAUUUGCUUCUGUUACUGCAGUAAGGACAUUUUGCUAAUGUUUACAUACUAAGUUCUUAUGAAACACAGUGACUUUUUUGAGUAUAUGUAAAAUACACAUUUUUGUGUGUAUAUUUUGGUUAGUAUAAUUAAAAGAUACUGAAAUACCAAUGAAUCUUUACUGCAAGCUUUUGUUCUUAUCUCAAUAGUGAAUGAUUCCUUCUUUCACUUAAUGAGAAGGACCUUGGAUGCUUUUGGUGUCACUUCUCCCAUUCUGAAUAUUCAGGAUUACAUUUAGUACAGUAGUUUCCCUUCAAUUUUUUUUGUUAAGCUAGAAUAAAUUUUGCCGAGAUAUAUCAGAUGGACCAGUCUCUUGGCUGAUGGCACAAUGAGUGGAAAAGCCCAAGCCCUUCAGUAAAUCCUGUAUUAAAGAUAAGUCUCCCAACAGAUUUCAGAUCCCUAUAAUUGGUAUUCAGUUCAUGUAGCCUAUAGUACUGGAUAAAAUACCAAAGAAUGAAAGACGUAUCGGUUUUCAAGAAUCUGCAACAAUGUUGAAUGUGUACAUUGUGUUGAAGUGAGUACAUAAAGGCAAACCAAAUAAAUUUAAUGAAAAAAAUGUACAGAGGGUGUUUGUUAUGACUUAUCACUCUGAAUCUAAAGGAAGAUGCUGUUGGGAAUUCAACUUGCUUUUUGUUUGUAUAUUAUUUGUUCAUUACCGUGAAAGGAAAUUACUGUUGAAAACAGAUUAAGCAGUUAGUCACUUAAAAUAGAUGUUAUUUUUGACCUUGGAUAUUUUAAAUCCAUUAACUAUUUUUAAUUCUAACUUUUGUCUUGAUAGUCUGAGAUAAGCAAUUAUUUCAGGGGGGAAAAUUCUGACUGGGAUCUUAGACUUAUGUGGAAUAGCCACCGUUUGAACCACCUAAAAUGUGAAUUAUAUUCUGAAAAGUGACUGUUUUAAAAGUUGCACAUUAAUCAUCUGGUAUGUAUGCUUUCUUUUGUAUGUAUUCAGUCAUUUCUGCUUACUGCAGUGACAGAAGUUUCUGUUUUUUAAUCCUGUUGGCUCUGCUGAAAUAGCAAGCUGGAUUCUGUUCCAUCUUGUAACUUAGUAAACAUUUCUGUUGGUGAUGCACAACAGUACAAACCUUUGGAGGGAGUGGGAUAUAAUUUGGCCAGCAGAAACUUUAAUCAUGUAGAAGAAGAGGGAAAACCCAGCUUGAUUUUUCCAAUCCAAUUUUCAGAGUUACUCUCUAGAGGCAAAAAUAUCCUUUCUAAGUAAACCAAGGACAAAGAUCUGGAAGUCAGAGACACAAUAAACAUGGAACCCCAUAAUGUCAGAGAAGAACAGCCAUUUAAAUCUAGGCAGGAACAGAGCACUAGAAAAUGCACUAUGGGGAACAAAGGGCACUGGCAAGAAAGUGCGUUUUAUUACCUUAUAGCUGACUCCUGUAAUAUUUGUUUUUCCUUUAGAACUCUGGAUUAUUAGCUACAUAGGCUGUAAGCUUUUUGGGGCAUUUUUGUGGGGACUGUGUACGGUGCCUACCACAGUGGGGGCCUUGUUCCUGACUGGGACCUCUAGUUGUUGAAAUAGAAAAUGUCCUUCAGAAUAAUAAUAAACAUAUAACUACUUAAAAAGUUUAUAUAAAUAUUAAAGUGUUAUCCUCAAGACAAUAUAUUUGGUGCACCCUAUAUUAUGGGCUUCGUCCUGCUCCCAUUUACAUCCAGGGCAAAACUCCAUGGACUUAAAUGGAGAUAGGGAUUGGGCUCCAUGUACUUACUUUUCUUUAAAUACAAAUCCGUUUGCUUUUCCACUACUAUUGUUCCAAAAUAUUUUACCCAAUGGAAUAAAAUUCAUCUUCACCUUGUCAUAUUGAUUUUCUUUUCUUUCAUGCAGCCUAGUGCAGUGCUACUAUACCACCUCACUGCUUCUUUAUAUCUACAUAGUCGGCUCACACACACAUCUGCCACCUCAUAAUCCCUUCCUAAUAUUCUCCAGUUCAACAUAUUACAUCACUUGUCUUGUCAGCCUGAAUUAGAUUUCUGUACUCUCACUUCUUCAGAUCCCAUUAUCAGCUUUGAACUGAACUACCCAUCUAAUAAUUCAAAGGUUGUCAUUGUAAUCUGAAAGUAUUAAUUAUUUAACCUAUUUCAGUAAUGUUCCCCUAAUUCUAUAUCUAUUGUCUUCUGAUAAAAAUACCACUUGCAUCUGACAAAGGAUACAGAAAUCACACACGCUUCUAAGUUGGCCAUCACCAAAGUGUCUGGGCACCAUUACUUAAAUUUAGAAAUAAUUUAGCACCAAGAAAGGGCACAAAAGCAUGUAAUAUGAAUUAUGGGAUAGCUCAGUGGUUUGAGCAUUGGCCUGCUAA